AUAGAUUGAUGAUGCUCCAUGUCUUCCAUCACCUUCCUUGUCAAGUUUCAGAAGCCUUAUCUUUGAAAAAUGAAGGGUCUUGUUCCUGGGUUCUUGAUUCUACUUUUAAUGGCGGUAGCUAUGGCAGAAACCCAGAAUCUGAAAACAAAAACGUACCCAUUUGGGCCAUUUGACAGUUCUUAUUACGAUAGUUUUGCGGUUAUAAAGCCGGCUACAAUCAGCAACGACGCCCUUCAAAUCACCCCUGAUUCCGUCGGUAACUUCAGCCUCAACGACAGGUCCGGCAGAAUCUUCUUCAAUCAAACAUUCAAGCUCUGGGAUGGAGAUUCCAAAAACAAUGCAGUUCGCAAGGUAGCUUCAUUUAAUACAUCUUUUCUUAUCAAUGUUUUUCGAGUGAAUAACUCAGUUCCCGGGGAAGGUGUGACUUUCCUGAUUGCCUCCGACACCGCCCUGCCUCCCGGCAGUUCAGGAAAGUAUCUGGGACUGACGAACUCGUCCACCGAUGGUCUUUCCUCAAACAGCCUUGUUGCCAUCGAGCUUGAUACUUUUAAACAGGAUUUUGAUCCGGACGACAACCAUAUUGGUCUAAACAUCAAUAGUGUUCGCUCUAAAAAAACCGUGUCUUUGUCAGAUUUCGGCAUCCAAAUCGCUCCCAAUGGCACCAAGUUUUACGUGGUAUGGAUCGAAUAUAAUGGCCAAAACAAGUCGAUACAAGUUUUCAUGACCGAGCAGGAGCAGGUUUCAUCCCCAACGCCUUCCAAACCCGCCAAGCCAGUUCUCAGCUCUGAUCUUGAUCUCAGCAGCAUUGUCAACCAGAACACAUAUUUUGGUUUUUCAGGAUCAACAGGCAGCCAUGUUCAGCUCAACUGUGUUCUCAGAUGGAACUUGAGUAUCGAAAUACUUCCGGGUGAAAGCAAAGGUUGGAAUUCGAUCAAGAUUGGGAUUGGAGUUGGAGUACCAGUAGUGGUUCUUUUCCUGCUGGCAAUCGGAGGGUUAACUUGUUAUUGGUACGGGAAAUGGAAGGCCAGAUCUGAUCCUAACAUACUGGGAGCACUCAAGAGUCUUCCGGGUACUCCCAGGGAAUUCAAGUUUAGGGAUCUGAAAAAGGCCACCAAUAACUUUGAUGAUAAGCACAAGCUCGGUCAAGGCGGAUUCGGGGUUGUCUAUAAAGGGUUGCUGCCGAAGGAGAACCUCGAGAUCGCCGUGAAGAAAUUCUCCGGUGACAUUAAGGGCAAAGAUGAUUUCUUGGCUGAACUUACCAUCAUCAACCGGUUGCGCCACAAGCAUCUUGUCCCCUUGCUAGGAUGGUGUCACAAGAAUGGUAUGCUGCUAUUAGUAUACGAUUACAUGCCGAACGGGAGCUUGGACGCUCAUAUAUUUUGUGGCCCGGAGAAGACGACACUUAAUUGGAAUUUAAGGUACAAAAUCGUGUCGGGAGUGGCAUCGGCUCUGCACUAUCUUCACAACGAAUACGACCAAAAAGUGGUGCACCGGGAUCUUAAGGCUAGCAACAUCAUGCUGGAUUCCUACUUCAACGCCCGGUUAGGAGAUUUCGGGCUGGCUCGAGCCAUAGAAAACGAGAAAACAUCUUAUGCAGAGCUCGAAGGUGUGCCGGGCACCAUGGGGUACAUUGCCCCCGAGUGUUUCCACACCGCAAAGGCCACCAGGGAGUCCGAUGUUUACGGAUUCGGUGCUGUUUUGCUAGAAGUGGUGUGCGGGCAACGUCCGUGGACUAAAAUAGGCGAAUUCCUGCUUUUGGUGGAUUGGGUUUGGUGGCUGCAUAGAGAAGGGAGGAUACUGGAGGCAGUGGAUGUGCGGCUAGGCAGUGACUAUGUAGUUGAAGAAGCUGAGAAAUUGUUGUUACUCGGUCUUGCAUGUUCGCAUCCUAUUGCAAGUGAAAGGCCUAAAACGCAGGCAAUCCUUCAGAUUCUAUCAGGGUCCAUGGCUGUGCCCCAUGUCCCACCUUUCAAACCGGCAUUCAUCUGGGCUUCAACCCCGGGACCGGACAGUUUCAGCAUCACCUCUAGCUUCACUAACACCGCCGACAUCACUCCGGUAUCGUCGGGAUGGAGUCCACAUUAUUUUAGCAGGGAUGUGCAAGGUGAAUUCAACGAUGGAAGCGCUCUCAUGUGAAAACUAAUAGAUGGCCUUACAUUCUACAUUUUUACUUUAUCAUGGAAGUGGAAAGGUCCUCUUUUACUGUUUUAAACCUCUUUUUUACUUUUCUUUUACUGCUUUGCUGAUUUAUCUGUUGGGGAAAGGGAUUGUUAAAUGUACAUUU